AUGCUUGGUUCGGGAGGGCGAUGGGAGAACGUCUACGCCAGUCUGGGCGAUGAAGGCGUUGUGGUGGUCGGUGGCCGCGACGGCGACGUUGGAGUGGGAGGAUUUCUCCUAGGCGGCGGCACAUCAUAUUUCUCGCCCAAGUAUGGAUUCGCCUGUGACUCUGUCCUCAAUUAUGAGGUCGUGCUCACCAACGGAAGCGUCGUCAAUGCGAACAAGGCCAGCAAUUCAGAUUUAUGGAAGGCGCUCAAGGGCGGCGGCUCCAACUUUGGCAUCGUCACAAGAUUCGACCUAGAAGCUCUUCCCGCUCGUGAUAUCCACUACGAAGUCCGAAUACUGCCCGCAACCGCUUCUGACGUGGUCUCCGAUACACUGGUCAAGUUUGCGGAUCAUGACAUGUCGCUUGCUGAUAACGCGCUGGUCACGUUCCUCCAGUACAACGGCACGGUAGGUCCUGACAUAACGAUUACGGCCAUCUAUGUCAAUACGGCUGGGCACAAUGGUGUCGAAACGGCAUUCGACAAUCUCAGAGACAUUCCGUCUAUUCGCAAUAUUUCUGUGAAGCAGUCUGUGGCCAAGACUGCCGCCGGCUCGAAAGUCCAGGGCGGACAACUGAGUGCUGCGGCAACUCUGUUGUUCAAAAAUGAUCCAGAGAUUCUUCGAUACUCCACCAAGCUCCACGAAGAGUUCGUCAAGUCUCUUCAGAGUUCAAUCGGCCCAGAAACCUUCGGAACAAUGAUCUUUCUACAGCCUGUCGGAAUGGACUAUGGAAAUAUCGCAGAACAACGCGGCGGUAACAUGCUUGGUCUUGAAAGAUUGAAGUCCAAUGCCAUCAUGUGGACGGGUGGUGUGUAUGUGUUGACGAACGACGCAGACUUUGCUUUGGCGGAAGCAUGUUUGGCUUCGAUGUCGGACAAGAUACAGAGAUUUGCAAAGUCUGUCGGGGGCGACAUGGACCUAGUCUACCUCAACUAUGCCAGUCCUCGACAGGAUGCCCUUGCAGGAUACGGCCCACAGAAUAUUCAAUUCAUACGGGAUGUCGCUACCAAGUACGACCCGAGUGGCGCGUUUCAAACAAGAGUCCCUGGGGGCUUCAAGAUUGGGCGAUCUGGGUAG